AGAAUUAGUUUUAGCAGUUGAACUCCAUAAUACAAUUUCAAAUCUACCUUUUCUUUUUGUCCUCCAAUUAUUUUUCUGAAUUCUAUUAAAUUAUCUUGUCUAUAUCAAUCCAAUGUGGUCUUCUAAUCAAGAUCAUUAAAAUGGAAACUCACAAAGUUCUGCAAGUACUUUCAACAAUUUCAACUCUGUUAUUAAUUUCAGUCCAUGCACAAAUCAGCACACCAUGCACAACCUCAAUGAUCACCAGCUUCACACCAUGCAUAAAUUUUAUCACAGGAAGCAGCAGCAACGGCAUGUCUCCGACAACAAGCUGCUGCAACUCAUUAAAGUCACUUACGAGUAGUGGCAUGGACUGUGCUUGUUUAUUAUUAACAGCUAAUGUCCCUAUUCAGUUACCGAUUAAUCGUACACUGGCAAUUUCGCUUCCCCGAGCAUGCAAAAUGAAUGGUGUACCAUUACAGUGCAAAGCUUCUGGUACUCCUCUACCAGCUCCAGGUCCUGUCCUGCUAGGCCCAACUCUGCCACCUCCGGCUGCUUCUCCUUUAAGUCCCAGAGCUUCCAAUUCCAAUUCCAAAGCAGUAGCACUGGCUCCAGCACCAGAGUCUGAAUCCAGUACUAUUACGUUGGCCCCAGCAUCCCCGCCAGCACCAGUAGAAGCUCCGACGAUAAGUAGAGGAAUUCGACCUGUUCUGACCCCUUCAGCAUCGAUAACAUCCACCAUCUCUCCACCAGCUUGGCUCAUAUUGUUUAUAGCAAUCAUUGUUUUGAAAUGCUACUAAAUAGCAGCCUCUAAUUUGUUCUUACCUAUGCAAUUUCAUGUUAUCAUAAUCAAAUAUAUCAUAAGGAUAAAAAGACGCUUUGUAUCU